AUAUUUUUUACCUGUAUUUAUAAGAACGGCCGAAUCUACCGGAAAAUGCGCUUUCAUCUGACCACCCCCGCGACAUCAAACAGCGAUGGGGAGUGGGAGUUGUAGCUGAUUUUGACUUCAAUUUGCUUUUUUUGGAGGGACAACGACCCCGCAUAUCUGCCCCACAUCAUUAUUCGCCGACCACGCUUUCAUCCCACCCUUCACCCCACGGUCUAGCCUGACGUCGUCCGUCUCCUAUGCCACCUCACACAUCGUCAACAAUUGUACAUUAUUUCAGCUCCUCGGAUCGGUCCCCUCACCCGAGACGUUUAUAAUAGUUCCCUACGGACACAAUUGAUUCACUCGCCACUCAACCACCCUUACGUUUCCCGCCUGCAAGCAAAGAACGCGAUAUGGCGGACUCCCCGACCACGGACAAGAUCACAGACAAAAUCGCCGCACUUCGUCAAGAUGCCUCAUACUUCUCUCUCGAAUUCUUCCCACCCAAGACGGCGAUGGGGUCGACGAAUCUCCGGGCGCGUCUCGACCGCAUGUCCCGCGCGCUGCGACCCCUCUUCGUUACUGUGACGUGGGGGGCUGGGGGUUCUACAGCAUCGAGGUCUAUGGAGCUCGCUGAACUGUGCCAGCGCGACUUGGGACUCACAACAUGCUUGCAUUUGACGUGCACGAACAUGUCCAAGGCGCUCGUGGACGAUGCGCUGAAAGCAGCCAAGGAAGCUGGUAUUCAGAAUAUCUUGGCCUUGAGAGGGGACGAGCCCAGAGGCGAGUACAAGGAUGCGCUUGAGGAGGGGAAGGAGGGCGAGGACGAGUUUGUCUGGGCUAUUGAUUUGGUGAAAUAUAUUAGGAAGAAGUAUGGCGACUACUUCUGCGUGGGAGUUGCGGCGUAUCCAGAGGGACAUGCGGAUGGCAGCCACCCUACAGAACAGAGCUUAGAGCACGACUUGCCAUACUUGGUCGAUAAAGUACAAGCGGGCGCAGACUUUAUCAUGACACAGCUGUUUUAUGAUGUUGAUGCGUACGAUAACUUCGAGAAGGUUUUGAGGGACCACUCAAGUGGUGCUUUCAAGAGCAUCCCGAUUAUUCCCGGCUUGAUGCCAAUCCAGAGCUACCAAAUCCUUCGCCGAACAACGAAGCUGAGCAAUGCAAAGCUUCCAGAGAGCAUCAUAGAUAGAUUGGAUGCUGUGCGUACCGACGACGAGAUGGUUAAGAAAGUAGGCGUUGAUAUCCUCGCCGAAAUCGUCGAGUCCGUCAAGGCCACCAAACAACGCACGAAAGGUCCAAAGGGCUUCCACUUCUACACUCUGAACCUGGAGAAAGCUGUGGCUUUUAUUCUCGAGCGCGUGAACCUUAUCCCAUCGUUCACGCCUGUCCUCACCUCAGAUGCGUUCGCCGUUGAUGACAUCACCGACACCAUCCCUCUGCCGCAAUUAUUGAUUAAUGGAGAAAGAAAGAACAGGAGACAAUCAAGUGUUGGUUCCGGCCCGCAUAAUUUCGUCAUCAUUGACAGGGAAGAGGCAUCCGGGUUCGAGACUACAGGAGCUGAGGCUGCAGUUCCGAAGGAUGGCGUCAACACACGUGCCAACACCCUCGCAAUUUCAGAAGGCGAGGGAGCGCUUGGUAGAGAAGCAACCUGGGACGACUUCCCUAACGGCCGCUGGGGUGACGCUCGCUCCCCCGCAUACGGUGAAAUCGACGGCUACGGGCCUACCCUACACACCUCACCCGCCGAAGCCCUCGCUCUAUGGAACCACCCCACCUCGCGCCCUGACAUAACCUCCAUCUUCGUGCAGUACCUUAACGGAACCCUCUCCGCCCUUCCCUGGAGCGACGAGCCCAUCGCCGCCGAGGCCAACCUCAUCAAGGACGAGCUCGUCAAGCUCAACCAGAAGGGCUGGUGGACCAUCGCCUCUCAACCCGCCGUUAACGGCGCGCGCAGCCAGGACGAAGUCGUUGGCUGGGGACCAAAGGGAGGCUGGGUAUUCCAGAAGGCGUUUGUCGAGCUCUUCGUGCCGACCUCGGACUGGGCGCGCUUGAAGCCUCUGUUGGAAGGCAACGGGGAAGUCAGCUUCCUGGCACAGAGCGCUUCGGGCGAGUUCUUGAAGUCGAAGUUGGACCUCGGCCCUGGUGAGGAAGGGUCUGAAACUAACGCAGUGACGUGGGGUGUGUUCCCUGGCAAAGAGAUUGUGAGCCCGACUAUUGUGGAGGAGGUCAGCUUCCGCGCGUGGGCAGAGGAGGCGUGGCAGAUGUGGGAGGAGUGGGCUGCGGUGUUUGGGAAGAGUGGAGAGGAGAGCCGGAGGUUUUUGGAUGGGGUGGCUAAGGAUGGGUGGUUGGUUAACGUGAUCUGGCAUGAUUUCGUGGGGAUGUGUAAAGCUAAGGAAGGGAGAUCUGAGGAGGAGGGGUACAAGGGGCUUUGGGAUGUUUUAAUUGAGGCAUAAAUAGGAAGGGACGGUGGUGGUAAUCGUGGGGAGGAAGGUGGCUCAACUCCACUAGCUGAGAGCAGCUGAAUGAUCCAAGAUGCUGCCGGUCAGGCUGGAGCAAUGGUUAGAAGGCAUAUCUGGAGAUUGCCGCGACGUAGGAUAAGUUCUGGCCAUUGAGCCUUUAGCGUUGCAUCAACCGGACGUUAGGACGUUGAAUUUAUGAUAUUUGAAUG